AUGGGCGAGGAGCAGAGCACGGUGAGCGGCGGCGGCCGGCCCCAGGAGUCGCGGGCCCUGGCCGGUGGCACCGCGGGCCACCCCGAGCCCCCGAGGCCGCGGGGGGACAGCGCAGGGGCGCCCGGGCCGCGCGCUGCCCCCACCGAGUCGAGCGGCGGUGGCUGCGGAAGCAACUCGGGCUCCGCGGACACGAGCACCCCGGAGCCCAGGAGGAGCUGGGGAGCCCCGGCCUGGAGGAAGAGCCAAGCACCGGGGCUGUCCGCGGGACUGGCACUCAACGAGCCUCUCAACCCCCAGACUUUGCAACUGCAGCUGGAGCAGGAGGAGGAGGAGGAAGCUGGGGACCGAAAAGAGGGAGGGGAUGAACAGCAGGAGGCGCCCCCCGGCGAGGAGCUGGAGCCCAGGACCCGCGCCGGGGCUCCCGAUGGACUCGUCCUGGACGUGCUGGGUCAGCGGCGCCCGCUGCCCGCCAAGAGACAAGUCUUCUGCUCCGUGUACUGCGUGGAGAGCGACCUGCCCGAGGCCCCCGCCGCGGAGCAGCGCUCGCCGCCCGCGUCGCCAGGUCGGGCUCUGCCAGUGCCCAACCCUCCCAGCACCCCUUCUUCCUUCCCCAGCCCCCGGCUGUCCCUCCCAUCGGACCCCCUCUCCCCCGACGGCGGCAGCAUCGAGCUGGAGUUCUACCUGGCGCCAGAGCCAUUCUCCAUGCCCAGCCUGUUGGGAGCUCCACCCUACUCUGGCCUGGGUGGGGUAGGGGAUCCUUAUGCGCCCCUCAUGGUGCUGAUGUGCCGGGUGUGCCUGGAAGACAAGCCCAUCAAGCCCCUGCCCUGCUGCAAGAAGGCCGUGUGCGAUGAGUGCCUCAAAGUCUACCUGAGUUCCCAGGUACAACUUGGCCAAGUAGAAAUCAAAUGCCCUAUCACGGAGUGUUUUGAAUUCUUGGAAGAAACAACUGUUGUCUAUAACUUAACACAUGAAGACUCCAUCAAGUAUAAGUACUUCUUGGAACUUGGCCGUAUUGAUUCCAGCACCAAGCCAUGUCCUCAGUGCAAGCACUUUACAACCUUCAAGAAAAAAGGACAUAUUCCCACCCCUUCCAGAUCAGAAAGCAAAUACAAAAUCCAGUGCCCCACUUGCCAAUUCGUCUGGUGUUUUAAGUGCCACUCUCCUUGGCAUGAAGGUGUUAACUGCAAGGAAUACAAAAAAGGAGACAAAUUGUUGCGUCACUGGGCCAGCGAAAUUGAGCAUGGGCAGAGGAAUGCCCAGAAGUGUCCAAAGUGCAAGAUCCACAUCCAGAGAACUGAAGGAUGUGACCAUAUGACGUGCUCCCAAUGUAACACUAAUUUUUGUUAUCGAUGUGGGGAGAGAUACCGCCAGCUCCGUUUCUUUGGAGACCACACAUCAAACCUCAGUAUAUUUGGAUGCAAAUAUCGCUACCUCCCAGAGAGACCUCAUUUAAGGAGAUUGGUGCGAGGGUCGGUCUGUGCUGGAAAAUUAUUCAUUGCACCUCUAAUCCUGGUUUUGGGAUUAGUGCUAGGGGCCAUAGCAGUUGUAAUCGGUUUGUUUGUAUUUCCUAUCUACUGCCUUUGUAAAAAACAGAGAAAACGAUCACGGACAGGUAUGCACUGGUAAAAUGCAGACGAUAUCAUCUAACUAAGCUGGUCGAAAUAGGAGCUGUACAGAAUGGUAGCCCAUCAGUGAGUCACAUCUUGAAAAACAGAGAGAGGAACCUUCUACCAUCUCUUCUGCCCGUGAUUCUCCGCAGGCCACAAUGCCUCUAGCUACGGUGCACUCCCAACCUGGUAUCCUGUCCUUUCCCUAAACAAAUUGCUGCUUUUCAAAAAUGGUCACUUUCAUAAACUAUAAACAUCUAUAUCAUAACUCUGACUUUCAUGGUUCUUGAAAGAAAAUAUUUUAAUUCAGAACCAGUUAACCUCAGAAUUGUUCUGAGCACAUCUCUCUGAGCAUUGCUUGGACUGUCUGAACCCUGAACCUCCUUCCCAGCUGUCUUGUGAGAUUUCGUGUGAAUAGCUGAAGUCCUGUCUGUACCGACAAACAAGGCCACUUUUCAGAAGAUAAGAGUUCACCAAAUGCAAAUGCACCUGUUUUCCUCUGUGGCCCAAGCAGUGUAAUUCCUUUAUUCUUCAGAUGCUAUAAUUGCUCAAAAUCUCAAUGUCCAAAAGGGAACUAAUGAAACUAAAUUAAUGAAAAGAAUCCUGAGUUACUGAGGUAACUCAGUAAAAAACGUGAGGGGCGUGAAUGUGUGUGUAUAUAAAUAUAUAUUGAAACUAGGCCCAUUAACCUUGUAUUUACCUAGUUCCAUGUCUUUACACUAUUUUUCCACACUUUCAUAGACCUAUUUAAAGAUGAUGGUUCUUUUGUGGGCAUAAUUUGGUAAUGUACUGAAUUAAAGCCAAUGUAGAAUACAGGCUAUUUCGAUGUUGACCCUUUCUAUUUCUUGCUCUCUCUUUUCAUCACACACAUCCAGAAAUUUGUGCAAUGUCACCCCAAGAAGUAUUAAGCUUUGUGAACUGACAGAAAUGAUAGGCUCCUUUUAAGAAAUUCUCAAGAUGCAAAUAUUCAGUCUUUUCAGAUUUAGUAUAUUUUGGUGUACAUGUUUCAUAAAUCCUUCACAUGGGAUUAUUUAAUCCAAAGAAUGAGUUUGGUGUGGAGAGAACUGCUUAAGUCUUUAAACAAAUACCUAUUCUGCUAAUUUUUCAACCAACUUGUACUUACAGAUAAUUCUGCUUUAGGUCAAGGUUUACAUUAUUUAAUACCCCACCUUCUUUCCUCUCCUUUCCUCUACUCUCUUUUUUUAUUUGUCCCCAAGUUUUUCAUAAAAACACAUACUAAUUUUGAAGGAUUUUUCUUAUGUUUACUGCUCAAAUGCAUAAUAAUUUGUUGGUGUCUUCUUAUGGUGAGUAAUUUGAAAACUUUUUAUGAGUUUAUGAGUUUAUCUGAAAUAUAAAGGAAACACAUAAAAAGAAUAAUAUAUUUUCAGGAAUUUCUUUCAAGCUGAGAAAUCUUUAAAAAUAAGAAAAGAACAAGUAACUAACCUAUGAUAUUCCUUUGUUUUCAUCACAAAAGUUCAUUAGCAGGAAAGAAUAAAAAGACCCCUAAGAAGCCUAAAGUUUCUAAUUGUCUCCACAUUCUUAAAAUUAGCUGUUGUAUGUACAUUUAUUUGUCAGCAACCUUGUCUGAUUUGAAAUAGAUUAUAUGAUAAAACAUGCAUUAACAUGGAUAGUCUGUUUAUGUUGGGCUCCAGAGUGUAAGAACAUUUUAUCAUUUUUGUUUGACCCAAAAUGUGAAGUUAACGUGCAUGGGUAACAAGCCAGCAUGCUUUCGUUCUUUCUGAAUAACACAGAAUAGCUGUACCACAGCGUCUGGACUAGUUGUCUAUUUCCAGUUAGAGGAGGGUGUGACAUUUAUGGUUUUGGAAUAGCACAUUUCUAAAGCAUAAUGUAGUAUAAGAAAAAGUGAUGCUCUAGUUUCACAAAUUCAUCUUUUCAUUCAUCCAUACAUUUGACAGAUAUUUAUUGAGUGCCUGUUUUAGCCACUGUAGUAUAAGACCAAAAGAAUGAAAAUUUCUAGCCUAAAUACACAUGUUUCUGUCCUAAAAGUGCUUAGGUUUUGUAAGUUCAUCUUUCCUGAACUUAGGUGUUAGUUUGGCAAUAUGUGAAUAUGAUGAAUCAAAUCUAGCAGAUGUGUACAUGUAUGAUGUAUAUAUAUCAUAUGCAUAGUAUAUAUAAAAUAGUUCCAUAACUGUAUAUGAAUACAUACACCAUAUACAUAUGUACCUACUGGCUAAAUAAUGUACUCUCUGGUCUUAGAUAGUCUAUUUUCUUAGGUUAUAGUAUCUGUUAUCUUUAGCCUACUCAGGGAUUUUUAUUCCUUUCUUUAAAUAACUUAUCUUUUGGAGGUAUUUUUAUAUUAUUUGAAAAACUUUCUAAUAUUCCAGUUACAAAGUGGUGUCUAUUUUCAGUGAAGGCUAUUCCAUCAAUGCUUGAAGUAGUGUGCACCGUGUUGCACAGGAUUUUCAUUUUUCUAUUGCGUAGAUUUUUUUAAAUGAAUGUAUGCAUCUUCCCUUUAAAGCUUAAUAUAUAUUAGGCCUUCCCCUGCUAGUAACUUAAAGUAAUUAUUUGUGAAUUGUUUUGCUAAGUUUCAUCAAGAUCUUAAAAAAAGAGAAGAAAACAAAAGGUAUUAUGUUUAUGUUAGUGCCAACUUUGAAGGUAAAACAAUAGUAGUAACUUUUGGGAUAAAUUCUAAAAACUACUUUAGAAAAAGAAGCAUGCACAUAAAAUAAAUAUCUUUGUAUCCAAGGCUUGUCAUUUUUAUAUGUUUUUAUUAUAAAUUUAAUAUAUACUACUUUUUAAAAAAUCGACCAUACAGAAUUUAUAAAAUACAAAUUUCUCUGCUUACCCCACCCCUUAUUUGAUAGGGGGUAACCACAUAAUGGUUUGGUAUGUACCCUUCCAGACACUUUCUACAAAAACACAAAUAGGUGUGCGUGUAUAUGUCUGUGUGUAUUAGUUUUAUACAAAGAGAAUAAUAAUAUUUUUACCAUACUGUGA